AUGAAUCUACAAGUCCAAAAGUUACAAGCUCUAUUUCAGGAUCGAGAAGAUGGAGGAAUCACACAUCCGGAAACGGAAGAAUGUGUUUUCACAACAGGUGCAUUCCUCGAUACACCUAAUAUUGAAGAUUCCGAUGACGAUGGCCGAGCAACUAACAAAUAUUCAUUACAAUCGGCAGAACAUGGAGAAGAUAAUUAUUCCAAAAAAAAUCCCGACAUGGGAAUCGAGCAACGAACUCGAAAAGAUCUGAUCAAAUAUGCAGUCUACGAUUGUACAUCAGUCACAGAAUUAUACUUUCGAAUGAAUCCGCAACAAACGGACAAUGACACCAAAAUACCUCAAUGCAAAUCAAGACGUCAAUUUACAUUCAACGGCGACAAUAUCGAAACGAAUACAUUUGAUAUGAUUGAAUUCUGCGUAUCAGUGACAUCUACCGUUGUUGUUAUUGACCAAUAA